CUCUUAAUUUGUUCCCAUUAACACUUUCCUCGAACAUUUCGUUCCCUUUUCUCCCUUUCAACCUUUACCGUCUUUCAGAUUUCAUAUAAAUACCCCCACCAUCCCACUCAAAUUUCAACGUACCAAACCAAAAAUUCCAUUUCAAAAUCUACAUGGUAUAAUCUUUUCUUGUGCAAAAAUGUCUUCAUCGCAAAUUGGGGUUGUGUUCGAGGAUUUUUUCCCAGCCAUGGUGGAGAAAUUGGGCACAGAAGGGUUCAUGAAGGAGCUGUGUAACGGGUUUCGGUUGUUGAUGGAUGGAGAAAGAGGUGUGAUCACAUUUGAGAGCUUGAAGAAGAACUCGGCACUGCUAGGGUUGCAGGACAUGAGCGAUGAGGAGGUGGUGUGCAUGUUGAGAGAAGGUGAUUUGGAUGGGGAUGGUGCUUUGAAUGAGAUGGAGUUUUGUACUCUCAUGUUUAGGCUUAGUCCUGCCUUGAUGAUGGAUUCUAAAAAUUUGUUGGUUGAAGCUAUUGUUAAUUUGUAGACCAUUUCCGCUGGCCUUAUGUUAUAUUCGCUCUUCAAUAUUUUCUUUCACUAUUAUCAUCUAUAUUUUUUUUCUUUUUUCCUCCUUUUUUUUUUUUUUAAUCUCUAUGAACUUAGAUACUUAAAUCUAAUAGUAAGCUUAAGCCAUACAAUAAAAAUAACUUUUUAAU